AUGGUUGUUUCUGGGUAUUCCUCUGACAAGCCUGCUUCAGGACCGCCAGGGGUGACAGCCCGGACGGUUCCGUCCUUGGCUGUGCCCGUGGGUUCGGUGCUGGGACAGCAUCGACUGUGGUGGCUGUGCACAGAGGCUUCUGCCUUGGCUGACGAGUGUGGUGCAGUUGCAGUGGUUGUGUUGGUUGCUGGCCGUGGUUAUCCUGACUCGAUGCAGAUAGUUACGAUGUUCUUCGCCACUAGCUGGUUGCGAAAACUGCAGACCGAGAAUCUGCAGACGUGGAGCCUGGAAACCGAAGAUCGGGAACGUGUGCUGGAGUGGCUCGUGCUAGGCAUUGUUGGAAGCCCCAUCUACAAAGACGAAGGUGUCUGGAUGUCCAUCAUGGCCGUGGACUCGUGCCACGAUGCUGUGCUGGGCAUUUUGCUCGCAAGCAGAGCACACAACUUCGAAGCCGCACCUUUUAUCGUAAUCAUGGCCGUGGUCGCUCGUCCGGACGUACAACAACUGGAAGCGGCAUGGAGCGAGCCCAAUCAGCUUGUGCCGGGGAACGAGAAGUUCGAGCCUUUGGGAUUGCUGAAAUGCUAUCGUGUAUAUGUAGGACACGAUUAUUUUCCGCAUCAGGGAUAUGCUUGUUACUUGUCGAGGGAGCUGGGCCAGGGAGCUCGCCUUUGGAGAUGCGAGCGAGGUGGCCUCCUCAAGUGGAUGGUCACUCGGCCUGCUGAGGUCCGGGCCGUGGCAGUGUCCUUGACCGGCCGGCUGAGGUUUGGGAUUCUGGUUGUCCAGGCCCGGAUGCUCUCCGGAGCACAAGUCUGGUCCGGCACGUACCCGGCCGAGCAAGACGUGAAAGUGUCGGCUGUGAGCACCGCCAUCCGGCACAGCAUGCUGGUGGCUGGUCGCAUCCAGUCGACACACGUGUUGAAGGUCAUGGGCCACAAGCUCCUUGUCCACGGCCGCAAGAUUUGGAGCUGCAACUGGUCCAAGACCAUGGCAGCCAAGAAGCUGCCCAAGAAACGGCUUUUUCGAAAGACGGAGAGGAAAGAUCGAGUGCUCAGUGUGCAGGUUGUGGAUUCCUGCUUUCCUCUCGCCAUGGCAGCCGCCUUCUUGAACCAGCUCCAUGACAUGCUCCACAAGCAGAAGCCGAUCAUGGGCGAUCACUUCGACGGCAUGCUUGCUGCACAGAAAGACUGUGCCGUGCGAGCCAUCUCCCAACACAAAGUGACCAUGCAAGAGGCCUCUGAGCUGUGCAGCUUGAUCCAGCAAGGGCCCUGGAACGAGAGCCAGAAAAAGGAGCUUGGAAAAGCAGUCUCCAACUCCGUCUCGUCGGGGAUGAUGGCUGCUGGCAAGAAGAAGAAGGGCAACCAGACCCAGGAAGUCGACAACUUCUUCUGCUUUUUGUCAGCUGAAGACAAGCAAGUCCUGGCCGAGGCCAGUGCUGGAGUGCACUCAAGGUGCAAUCACAUCGCCGAGAUCAUGGAGAAGAUGGGCAUGUAUUGGCCAUCGGAGAAGGCGACAGGUCAUAUCGUCUCAACGAUGGCAACAAUGCAGUCAGCUGGCCUUGAGUCUCCUGAUGAUUUUCACGGGGCUGUGAAGAAGCUGAAAACCAUCAUCAAAAGCAGGCUCAAAAAGAACAAGGAUGCCAAGGACAACGAAUUUGUGGCCGUGUACAAGGAGCCAGCCUUGUUGCCCGAGAUCUACCGCAGUCACUUUGAAAAGGCUGAAGCAGGCGAGCUCCCUGCUUCGAGCCUUGUUGCCCAUGGUCCUCUGCGAGGCAGUCACAAGUCCCUCAGCAGCAGCAGCAACAUCGUUGGCAACAACAUGAUGAAUCACAGCCUGAUGAAGAAGAUGAUGGCCGACGGCAACGGCAUGAGCAUGAUGGGACUGAUGAGCUGCAUGUCGACAUGCAUGCAGCAGUUUCAGCAGCAGUCCAGCAGCUCGCAACUGCCAGGCUUCAAGUUGUUGGGAAAAGCCGGCUGCAACGAAACCAGUCCAAAUCGGGCUACAAGCAUGAUGGCGACGACGAGCCCACCGCACGACUCUCCAGAGUCCAGCCAUCGUGUUUCAAGCCCGGUGCAGCCUCAUCAUCAGCAGCUUGCUGUGGCCGCCAGCCCGGUGCAGCCUCAUCAGCAGCAGCUUGCUGUGGCCGCAUGCCCGGUGCAGCCUCACGAUCAGCAGCUUGCUGUGCCCAAGGCUGGGCAGGAGCCUGUGGGUCCGGCCGAGCAGGCUCGUCAGAUGCUUGCUGCAUGGAAUGCCAACAAAACACCAGCAGAGGGAGAUGAGGAAGAUGAGGAGACUGAGAAGCCCCGGAAAAAGCCUGCCGCAAAGCUCCAGCAGACGAAGAGUGUGCAGCCGAAGAAGAAGCCGGCAGCGAAGGCGAAGUCGCAGUCCCAGCCCAAGCCGGGCAUCAAGAUUCCGAGCAUGAGCAAGAGGUUGAAAUUGAAAGUUUUCACCACCCAAAGAGCCCUCGCUCAGAUCCUGAAGGAGAUUCGUGAGCUGGAUGAGCUACCUGCAGCUACAGGCCGGAGCUCGGUGAAAAGAGCUCGUGAAGAACUGCUGCAUGCUCAUGCUACCCCUUAUGGGCCCAUCUACAUCGAGCCCACACUUCAGAAGGAAGACGGCACCGAUGUUACAAUUCCGAUUUUGAGUCCAGCUGCAAUGCUGGCUUGGGCAUGCGAGCACUGUGCAGCCUUCGGCCAGCUCGUGCAGAAGCAAAUGGCACUGAAGCCGCCGACCUACGAGAAGCCUUGGACUCUGAUUUGGUAUUCGGACGAAAUCGCACCGGGCAAUCAACUGAAGCACGUGAACCGUCGCAAGGCCCAGGUCAUCUAUUGGUCCCUGCAAGAACUGGGAGCCCAUGCGAUGUCCUGCGAGUCGUGCUGGUUUACCUUGACGGCGGUUCGCAGCACCGUGGUCGCAGACAUGGGGGGGAUGGCGGUUUUGUUCCGCCAGCUGGCCAGGUUUUUUUUCGAGACCCCCGAUUGGCGGCAGGGACUUCUGGUCAACUGCCCCAUCGGCUCUCCCCCUCUGUUUGCCGAUCUUGGCAUACUAAUCUCCGACGAAGCUGCUAUAAAGCAAACCCUCUGCAACAAGGGUGCUUCUGGACUCGUGUUCUGUGUGCACUGCCAGAAUGCAGUCGACCACAAGUCGCACGUUGCUGCCAGCAGUCGGGGCACACAAGUAUCCAGCCUGGAGACCGACAUUUCCAGAUUUCGUCGCCAGACGAAGGAGUCCAUCAAAGCCUAUAUGGACUACCUCGCUGAGCAGAAGCCCUUGCAGACCAAGACAAAGUUCGAAAAGCUGCAGACUGCCCUGGGUUUUAACUUUAAACCCAUGGGCUUACUGGCCCAUGCAGCCUAUGGCCCCAAGCUGAUAGACUGCAUUAUGUUCGACUGGAUGCACGUCUACCUGGUCUCAGGGCUGUUCAAUGUGCUGACAGGGCUUUUCCUUGGAGACCUCCAUCACAAUGGCUGGAAGCACAACGACAUUGAGCGGUUCGCAAGGACUUUCACAUGGCCUGCACGUCUGCGAGGUGCUGCCCCGAAGGAUGUGUUGCAAAAGAGAGGAUCCUACAGUGAUCCUCUCAAGUGCAGUGCAUCGGAGGCUCUGAACUUCCUGCAGGUGCUGCGAACCUAUCUUGUGCUCUGGGUGCUGCCGCAAUGCAGCGAGGACAUGAGAAACUCAUGCGAGGUUUGGCUGGCGAUGUGCAAGGUCCUCGAUGCUUUGCAAAAAAUCGCCAUAGGAGAUCCUUUCCCUGCAGUCCAACUGCAAGUCUUGGUGAAAGGCCAUCUGGACCUCGCUAAGACCCGCUACGGUGAGGACUCCUUUUGGGUACCCAAGUGCCAUUUGGCACUCCACUUGCCCCUUCAGUUGGCCAAACACUCAGGUCUGAUGAGCUGCUUUGUGCACGAAAGAAAGCACAAAAUCAUCAAGAAAAUCACCAACCAAGUACUCGACACAAGUCGGGCUUUUGAGAAGAGCAUACUCGAUGAUGUGCUACAUGGGCAUUUGCAGCAGCUCGCCGAUCCGGCUUUUCUCCCAGGAGAAGGGGUGCACUUGGUUCAGCCUGUGCGACCAGCCCCUGCCAAGCUCCAAGCCGAGCUCCGGCGAUGCAUGAACAUCCAGGGCGAGAUCAUGACAGCAAACCAGGCUGUGCAUGCAGGGAACUUCACAGUUUCGGCAAAAGACCUCGCGGUUUUGCAUCUGGAUGGUGAAAGGCUUGUCGGCAGGGUGGGCUACCACGUCCAAGCAGAUGGGACAUGCUGGUCACAUGUCACUCUUUGGAACCACGUGCAUGGAGCCAUGUUCACCCUGUCGGACGAUGUGGCCCUUGUAGAAACCAAGCAUAUCCAUGAGGUCGCAUCUGAGCGAAAGAAGGACACUCGCUUCACGAUCGAUGAACAUUCUGGGAAGCUUAAAGUAGAGAAUAAAGAAGCCGAGGACAAGGCCUCCACCGCUUCGGAGGUCCAUGUGCUUCAGGCUUUGCAGAGGCGCUCGCUUGCCCUUGACCAGGCCAACUUGGUGGAAUACACACUUAUGCAGCAGUGGUCGGACCGCCUGCUUCGAGCCAGGAUGGACGAUCCUCCGCCUCAGUACAGCCGGCCGUCGUGGAGCCAGCUUGUGGCGGCAGAUAAGAAGCUUUUCAGCGAGUUGAGGGACCUUACGAGGGAUGGAGUUCAAUCAUCAAGUGGAGGGGUGCGUCCCCUCGACAAGCACCUCCCAGCAGUGAUGAUGUCGUAUGAUGUGGUAUGCUUGCUCCAGCCUAUGCCACAUGCUGCCAGUGGGCGAAGUGCUGAGGAUUCUGGCAAGGAGCGCCCGGCUCCUUACACUCCUAAGGGCCCCCGAAAGGGCGCUGGGAAAGGCAAGGACGGCAAGGGAAACGGUCGCAUGCCUGCGCAGCUCAUCGCGUGGGGCUGCACUUCCUCUACCAAGAAAGGAAAUCCUUACUGCUAUGGGUUCCAGCUUGGCAAUUGCACCAAUGCUGUGACCAACAAUGCCUGUGUGAGAGGCUUGCAUGCUUGUGCCAUCCCGAAGUGUGGCCAACAUGGGCACGGGGCCUCCACUUGCCCCAAAAGGAAGCAGGAGUGA